AUGGCUGCAGCAAUGAAACGCUUGAUUCCACUGCUUGACCGCGUCCUUAUCAAAAGGGCUGAAGCUAUUACGAAGACCGCAGGCGGCAUCGUGAUUCCCGAAAAAGCACAAACGAAGGUUUUACACGGUGAAGUGGUUGCUGUUGGGCCUGGUGCGAGAAAGGACAACGGUGACUUCAUUCCAAUUCUCGUUAAGGUUGGCGACAAAGUCCUUCUCCCCGAAUACGGCGGAACUAAAGUUUCUCUAGAGAAUGAUGAGAAAGAAUACCACCUCUUCAGAGAGUCCGACAUUCUGGCAAAAAUUGAUAACUGA